UGAUGUCCACUGACUGCAUCAAGAAGUGUCUUCCCAGACACUGAAGUCAUGGCUUUGCUUUUGCCUUUUAGGACAUGUCUCGAAAGCAUCACACCUGGAAGGAGCAGGCUCCUUGGCUAUCCUCCUUGGUGAACGCUGUGGGGACUGGUGUGCCUGCCAAGGGCUUCCCUGUGGGUACAGAGCAGCAGGUGGCACGCUGGAACCCCCCCCGGUGCGGCGUGCCCGACCUCCCGGUGCUGACGGACGGACAGAGCGGGCGCAACCGGCAGAAGCGGUUCGUCCUCUCCGGAGGACGCUGGGACAAGACUGAUCUCACCUACAAAAUUGUCAGGUUCCCGUGGCAACUUGUAAAAGCUAAAGUGAGAAGGACCAUAGAAGAAGCUUUGAAAGUCUGGAGCGAUGUGACCCCGCUGACCUUCACUGAGGUGCAGGAGGGACGGGCUGACAUCGUCAUCGAUUUCACGAGGUACUGGCAUGGAGACAACUUGCCUUUUGAUGGGCCCGGAGGGAUCCUGGCGCACGCGUUCUUCCCCAAGACACACCGGGAGGGAGAUGUCCAUUUUGACUAUGACGAGACCUGGACGAUUGGGAACAACCUGGGCACAGACCUCCUGCAAGUGGCUGCUCAUGAGUUUGGCCACGUCCUGGGCCUGCAGCACACGGCUGUCUCCAAGUCCCUGAUGUCUCCUUUCUACAUCUUCCGCUACCCCCUAAGCCUGAGUGAGGAUGACAAGCAAGGUAUCCAGUACCUCUAUGGGAAACCCUCACUGGAUCCUGACCCAACCCCAACUCAGCCAGCAGAGCUGCCCCAGCCAGACCUCGAAACAAAUGAGAUCACCAACGUGGAGGACGUGCAGCCCAACGCCUGUGACACGGCUUUCGACGCCGCGUCCACCAUCCGAGGGGAGCUGUUCUUCUUCAAGUCCCGCUACGUGUGGCGGCUCCGAGCUGGAAAGCUGCAGGACGGUUACCCAGCUCUGGCCUCCCGGCACUGGCAGGGGAUCCCCAGCUCUGUUGAUGCCACCUUCGAGGACCCUCUGGGCAAUAUCUGGUUUUUCCAAGAUUCUCAAUACUGGAUUUAUGAUGGCGAGAGAAGGGUAUCUGGUCCCGCCCCAGUUGUGGAGCUGGGCCUCCCUGCAUCCCCUGUGCAGGCAGCUCUGGUGUGGGGGGCUGAGAAGAACAAGAUCUACAUCUUCAGUGGAGGCAACUACUGGCGCUUCAACCCUCACACACGCCAGGUGGACAACAUCUACCCCCGGGCCAUGGCCGACUGGCGCGGUGUCCCGCAGGAGAUCGACGCGGCUUUUCAGGAUGAGCUUGGUUUUGCCUAUUUCCUGAGAGGCCAAGAUUACUGGAAGUUUGAUCCAGUCCAGGUGAAAGUGCUGGAGGGCUACCCACGCCAAAUCAGCCAGGACUUCUUCAGCUGUACACCUUCCUCCAACUCCUUCAGAUGAGGGGGAUGCCUGUGUCCUCCACGCUGCCCUUUUAUCACCCUUACCU